AAAAAGAUCCCAAAAUCCUCAAGAGUGCGCGUAUCGGUUCGUGUCGUAAAAAAUGUAGCUCCUCGAUUCGCUUCCAGAUUCGGUCAAUGAAAAGUGGAAAAUCUCGCAAAAAUCGCCCGCAAAGUGUCGCCGUGUGCUCGCCGAGUGUCAUUCUGGUGGAAUUCAGCGCCUACCGGUCGGAUUUGUUACGGCUCGGAGAUCAUUCGCUACUGCAAGUGAGGAGGACCAUUUACGUGUGAGAAAUUUGGACUUGUUCGUCGCGCUAGAAAGUUGCAAACAUGCUGGCGACACACACAUAUUGGACGGUGCGACAACAUCAUCACCAUCAUCAUCCCCAGCAUUAGAAGCAGCAGUGCAUAGAAGUGGCCCCCUCUCAAGUGCAUCGUUCCAUACGCGUGAAAACGGAAGGAACCACCUUCAACAGUGGUGAAGCAAAGCAAACAAAAAAAAAGUCCCGUGAUCUGUGCAACUAACGUGAAGAAGCAAGAAAAAAAAAAAACUGUGCGUGUGUUGAGAGACACAGAAGCAAGAGAGAGAGAGGGACUGCCAAUUCUGCGAGAAACGCGACUCGACAUGAAAGAAGGGUGUUUGUUGUGAAGAUGAGUCUGCAAAUAAGACAGCAGCUUGUUGUACUAUCCGGUGGUACGCAACAGUGAACUAAAAACCUUCGGGAGUGUGCCCCGUUUGUCUUUGGAGCCAAAACCAGUCCCACACAUAAAUCACCCAUUUCGCAAAUCGGCCAGUCAGGCCCGCCCUCCCCGCUGAGAUCGCCGCCGACCAUGUCGAUCAAGGUGUGCCUCGAGAUCGGGCACGUGGCCGCACUGAAGGCGCGCGCCACCCCCGAGGGCUACACCCACGACUGGGAGCUGUUUGUGCGCGGCCCGGACGGCACCGACAUCAGCCACUUUGUCGACAAGGUGGUGUUCAACCUGCAUGAGUCCUUUCCGAAGCCGAAGCGGGUGGUGAAGGAGCCGCCGUACGCCGUGAAGGAGGCCGGUUACGCCGGGUUUAUUCUGCCGGUGGAGGUGUAUUUUAAAAAUAAGGGUGACGAGCCAAAGAAGAGGGCAUUUACGUACGAUCUGGAUCUGCAGGAGCGCAAGGUGCAGCGGGAAGAGCUGGCGUUUCCUAAUCCGUCGGAUGAUUUUAAGCGGAAGCUGUUAAAGGGAGGUGGAACGCUUUCGGGAAGUGGCGGGAUGUCGUCCGACUAUAAGGCGCGUCAUAGUAGUGGUGGUGGUGGAGGCGGAGUUAGUGGGGACAAGUCGCAGGAUAAAAAGUAUAAGAAGAGUUCGGGGGAAGCUGACUCGAAGGUGCAGAACACGUUUGCAAAUUUGUUUGGGACGCCAAUCACCAAAGGAGCUAGCAAGGUAUCGCCGGAUCCGAAGCAGAGCUCGUCGGGGUCCUCGAGUAAGACGUCGCCGAAUACUGGAGUUGGGGGUGGUAUUAGUGGAAGUAGUGUUGGUAGCAAGAGUCAACAAAUGAACCCGAAAAGUGACAGGUCUAGCUCGAGUACAUCCUCAAAAGAUAAGAGCGAGAAGGAGAAAUCUUCCAAGCAUAAGCACUCGAGCCCAAAUAAGGAAAAAGAAUCUAAAAAGUCAUCAACCGGUGAAGAGAAGCACAGUAAGGAGCGAAAGGACAAAACUCAUUCCAAAGAGCGUGAUAAAACUAAGGAAAAGAGUUCAAGUUCGUCAUCUGCGUCUUUCUCGAAACGACCUGCUAGUCCAAAGCGAAACAGCACCACUAUCCAGCCACCUCCAGCAAUGAGCAAUAGUCCGUCGACUAAACGCAAUCCAUCGCCGAUGGCUCCAGCUCCGGCUGCGGUUCCAGCUCCUCCUACUUCAGCGAGUAGCAGCGGUUCUAAACCGGAAGAAGCCAAGUCUUCCACCAAACAUGGUGGAGAAAAGGAAAAAAAGAAGGAUAAAAAAGAUAAGAAAAGCUACGACAAGGAUCGUAGCGAAAAGAAGGACCGCGAGCUGAAAAAGGACAAGGAAUCCCAUGACAACAAGCCGGAGCUAAACCCGGGCGACAAACCCAAAUCGGAUCUGAUCAAACCGAGCCGGCUGGACGGGGUGAAGCUGGAUUCGAAGCUGUACUCGAAGGAAAAGAAAAUCUCGGACGAAUCGAGCAAGGUUGAAGCGCCGGUGGUGCAGCCGUCGCCACCGGUGCCGGGACCGGUGGAACCACCCAAGCGAAUUGACAAACCAGACUCGAAGGAGAAAGAUAAAGAAGAGCGCAAGCAUAAGCACAAGAAAAAGGACAAAUCCAAAGACAAGGAAAAGGAUCGGUCUUCUGGUAGCAAAGACAAGAAGGAGAAAAAAGAAAAGGACAAAUCUUCCAGUAGCAAGGCAAACUUUGCCCCUCCUCCGGUACGGGAACCGGAGGUCGUCUCGCCCGUCAAACCAGCCAAAUUACCGGACCCGGUCAAGGUGCACCCUCCGGUGGAGGCUCAACCCGCGACGACGGCACCACCUUUACAAACCAUGAUCAAGCAGCUGAACGAAAACAACAGCAGUGACUCCGAGGCGGACAGUCCACCGUCGUUGAUCAACGACAAGGACUCGGAAAAUUCCAACAGCAGCAUAUCGGAUCUGCUGUCGGGCAGGCCACCCUCGGCCGCCAGGCAACCGGAGCGGCAAGCCGUCCCCACUCCCCCAACGGUGGUGGUCGAAUCGCCCAAGCCCGAAAAAAGUCACCACAAAAGCAAGAAGGACAAGGUGAAAAGCAAUUCCUCCGACAGCACCAAGGACGAAACCAAAAAGCGAAAGCGAAAGAACAAGGAAGCCACCGACGCGGACAAGGAAAAGGACAAGAAAGCCCCCCCGGUCGUCAACCCAUCGACAGCCGAGCGAAGUCCUUCCCCGCCGACGCCGCCUCCCCCCACGCUCAUGGAACCACCCACCAAGAUUCCCAAGCGUGAAGAUCCGUUCACCAAACGCGAAGAGUCCCCAGCGCCACCCAACAACAACAACAACACCAGCACCACCACUUCCAAGCUGCUCUCCCCAGAAGACUCCGGCUCCUCGUCGGCGUACUACAACAACAACAACACCGCGUCCUCGAUGGCCUCCCCCGCCCUUCCCCCGCCACCCGCACCAGCGGUGCCCGGCUCGGCGGCCGCCACCAUGACGAACCUGUCCGGCGAUUACAUGUCCGAGCUGAAGGACCUGCAGCACAAGAUCAUGACCCUGCAGGACAACAACGAGCUGCAGCGGGUAGUGGAGAUGAUCGCGGCGACCGGCUGUUACGAGAUUACGAGCGCCACGUUCGACUUUGACCUGUGCGCCCUCGAUCGGCACACGGUCCAGCGGCUACAGGAGUUCUUCGCCACGUCCUGCUCGUCCUGACAGUAAGGUACGCGGGCGUCGUCGUCGUCGUGGUCGCCGCACACAGCAACUGUGAGUUCCUUUUCGGUUCCCUCCUUCCUUUUUUUUAUUAUUGGUUUUCAACUUGUUUCGUGUAUUUAUAACAUUUUAAUUUAUCGCGAGGGCGUCCGCGCUGUCCGGGACGCAAAGAAUGAUCAUGAUACAGGUGUGUAGUGGCGCGCCCGCGCUGCAAUACGAUGAAUGUACAAAGUAACGUAACCCCCCGCGGUAAUUGUGGUCGCGGCGGGGGUUGGCAAAAUUGUAAAUAGUGUAUAACAUUAGUGUUUAGGGUGCUCGCACCCCCCUCCCUCCCUCCCCCUAAGAUAGCCUAUCGUGCGCAGACAAAACCACAUUAAUGGAAGGGAAUGUGGACAGAAAUGUGGAAGAAACCAAGGCAAAGAAAUUCGUAAACGGAUGGCAUUAUUAGUUGUUAGUUUAGUGAGAUUGGUUAGUUCUGGAAGGUUUACUUACAAUGCUUGCGCGGGGUAGAGGAAAAGCAUUCUUGGUUUUAGUUGAGGAAUUUGCAGAAACAAAAGUUUACCCCGUUUUUACCCCGAAUUAUGGUUAAAAAUGUUUUAGACUCUCAAUAAAUUUCGUAUUUUUUAAAAGAACUUUUUUCUGUAUGUGCAUCGAGAUUUUUUUGUUUUAACCUGUGCAAAAUGUUUACUUCACUAAUAAAUCUUUCAAUCAAUUACAUAUACUCCAUUCGUAAUAUCCUUUCGGACCAAGGUUGUUAACGAUAAAUUAUCGAGGUUCGAUCACGAUAAUCUAUCGUUAUCUAUACUUCGAUAAUUCUAUAGGCGAUAAUCUCAUCGACGAUAACCGACGAUAACUUUCUUUUUUAUAUAUUUGUGAAAUUGACCAGUCCAAUCUGUUAAAAUUUUAAAGCUUUCACUUAGAAUAUAAUGUCAAAAUACCGUAUUUAAUUUUAAAAAACUCAGUCUCUAAUAAAUUUAAAAUGCAUUUAAAAUUUCACGCCGUUUGAUACCCAUAUGUACCGUAUCUUUUGAAAAAUAAUGAAGCGAAAAUUCAUAGAAAAUUUCGCAUUGUUUGAUAUCAAUGUUGCGAAUUAAAAAAAAUUGAGUAUUUGCGCCGAAAAUACGAUAAUUAAUGAAAGUUUGAGUUUAUUUUACAAAAAAUAAAAAUAAAGUGAUAAUACUCGUUUUGCGAAUUACGAAAAUUUGAGUAUUUUCGAAUAAAAUACGGUCUGUUAUGAAAAUUUUAAUAUUUUACAAAAAAAAACUAUAGUUAAGUUAAGAUACAUAGCUAAUUUCGCUUCGAUUGAUACCCAUUUUGCUAAUUAUGAAAAUUUGAGUACUCUCGAAAAAUACUGUAUUUUGUUGUCACAAAAUUAAUUUUUUUUACAAGAAAAAAAACUCCAAUAAAAGUGAUCUCGCUUCGUUUGAUACCCAUAUUGCAAAUUAUUAAAAUUUGAGUGAUUUCGAAAAAAACGGUAUUUUUACAAAAAAAAAAGAACAGAAACUAAUAAAAGUAAAAAGCAUACACAAUUUCACUUCGCUUGAUACUCAUAUUGCAAAUUAUGAAACUUUGAGUACUUUCGAAAAAAAUCGCGUUUCUGUGAAAAUUUUAAUAUUUUACAAGAAAAAAAACUCUAAUAAAAGUAAAAAAGCAUACAUAAUCUUGCUUCGUUUGAUACCCAUAUUGCAAAUUAUUAAAAUUUGAGUUCAUUCGAAAAAAUACGGUAUAUUGUGCAAAUUUUAGUAUUUUACAAGAAAAAAAAACUGAUAAAAGUGAAAAAGCAUACAUAAUCUCACUUCGUUUGAUACUCAUAUUGCAAAUUAUUAAAAUUUGAGUAAUUUAAAAAAUACGGUAUUUUGUUUAAGUAAAUUUUUUUACAAAAAAAAACAGAAACUAAUAAAAAUGAAAAAGCAUACACAAUUUCACAUAACAUACAUAAUUUCAAAAAAAAAACCGUGGUAAAAAGGAAAAAGCAUACAUAACCUCGCUUCGUUUGAUACUCAUAUUGCAAAUUAUUAAAAUUUGAGUAAUUUCGAAAGAAAUACGGUAUUUGGUGAAUUUUUUUAUAUUUUACAAGAAAAUAAACUCUAAUAAAAGUGAAAAAGCAUACAGAAUUGGGCUUCAUUUGAUACCUAUAUUGCAAAUUAUGAAAAUUUGAGUACUUCUGAAAAAAUACGGUAUUUUGUUUAAAAAAUAAUAGUUUACAAGAAAAAUACUCUAAUAAAAGUGAAAAAGCAUACAAAAUUUUGCGUCGUUUGAUACCCAUGCAAUUUACGAAAAUUUGAGUUCUUUAGAAAAAAUACGGUAUUUUGUGAAAAUCUAAGUAUUUUACAAAAAAAAAAAACGAAUAAAAGUGAAAAAGCACACAAAAUGUUGCCAUAUUGCAAAUUAAUAAAAUUUUAGUACUUUUGUAAAAAAUACGGUAUUUUGUGAAUAUUUGAGUAUUUUACCAAAAAAAAAUCUCUUGUAGAGUGAAAAUGCAUACAAAAUUUCGCCUCGUUUGAUACUUAUAUCACAGACAAACAGACGGGACACUCGAGUUCGUAACCAUCGUCCUUCAAUAACCGAGCCAAAACGGUUAUUUCAAAUGCAAUUUAGCUUCGGCAUCCACUCACCCGGCGCUGAUGGCGCUGCUGUCGUGACAGCUCGCCCGUCUUUCCUCAGUGUGUGUAAUGUGUUUUUGUUGUUGUAAAGUUGAGCAUGAGCACGUGGCAUCAAAUAAAAACAAAACAAAAUAUGAUAGAAUUCAGGAAUUCUAACGGUGAUCCACAAUCCAGGCUUUGCGGGACAAGAUUGGGGCAGUUUCGACCAGGGUCAGAUAAGCGGCUGACUAGCGAGGACAUACCCUUUGCCUCACUAUUAACCCGGUAGCCCGGUAGGCCUACUCAACUGCCUGUCGAUAUCGAGGCUGCUGCUGAGGCGCCCGCUACUGCAGAGGAAGCCGGACCCUGUGGUAAAGUCAUCUCUUUCGGAGCAACCUGCUUAUCCUUCGUGAACUGAUGCUCAGAUUGCAGAUUGCUGUUGCGUCGAUCUAUUUUGCGGCAGCGUUUUUUUGGAAUCUUUGCAACUUUUUUCAUCUCAUUUUGCUGUUUAACGCAACUUAACUGCGCCGUGGACACGUUUCCCGCGGAUGUUUCGAAACGAAACGCGGAUGUUUUUGAGAGCAACGGGGAGGACCAGUGGUUUGGUCUCUGUCGUUGUGGUUGUGGUGCGUCGUUGCUGAUGCUGCCGCAUGGUUUGGCCGUCAUCUUCGGCCGUCGGUGUUAAUUUUUAUUUUUAUUUCAUCGAGUACCUACUGACGAUAAGCAACAACAACAUUAUUUAAAUCAGCUGUUGAUGUUUACAAUCGUUAAGGCUUGAUUGUCUCACGCAUACACUGACAUGACACAUGACAGUAAGGGGUUUGUAUUGGUAUGUUUGGGCUGCGCUUCGGCAUAAGCUCACCAGGUAGCGCUGGCGUCGCCGUGAUUUGGUGGUUUGAUGAAGGACGAUGAAUUUCAAAAAUUAUUUGUAUGGAGAGUCACGUCUGUUUGUCUGUGCUUAUAUUGUGAAUUAUGAAAAUUUUAGUACUUUUUGAAAAAUACUGUAUUUUGUGAAAAUUUUAGUAUUUUACAAAAAAAAAGUCGUUAUCGUUAGACGCUGAUAUUAUCGACGCUAAUGUUAUCGAUUAACAACCUUGUUCCGGAAAACCAUUUUUUUGUCAUUUUAAUUGUAUCCUUUUUUUUACUUUUUUAGUUCUUUUCCAUGCAAACAAUUUCUUUUCCAGAUGAAAAAUGUUACUGCACAUUCUCAAUUCAUAAUGAAGAAUAAACUAGAAGAUCUUCAAAAUAACGCGCAUUUAAACAUUUUCCGAAAAAUCUAUUGAGUAAAAAUGUUUUUUUUUCUUGAGUCUGUAUGUGAGCGUUCUUAUAUGACGUAACGCAAUUUCGACGCCCCCUUCGUUACUUGUUACGUUACGUUAUAAAAGAACACUCCCCAUGAAAAAUAAAUUAAAAAUGCCCGUGAUUUUGGUAACCUUCUAGUGUGUGUUUCCCAUUAAUCGAGAAUGUGCAGAAAUGUUGUUGGUCGGUGUGAUUGGUUCGUCCAUAAAAGGUCUCAUAUAAAGUCUAUAAAGUUGACACCUGGCCAUACAAGAAAAAAGAGUCUUAAAAGAUCGAAAAUCGGUAUCUUUACCAAAGCUAGGAAACUGUGCCACAUUUGACAGUGUUCAUAAUCGAAAACGAUAUUUUAACGCUCACACAGUGCGCCUGUCAUCAUAGUGGUUUCCAGAGGCGACCGUCAGAGAACGCACACGAAGUUGAAACAAACGAAACCGAGCUCGGCACUCACUCUUUCUUGCUUUAUCAACCUCUCUCGUUUUGGCUCGUGCAGGGCUGCAUGGUGACAGCAAACAUUUGAAUGCAGUCUUGAGAAAGGUGUUCGGUGUGUCGGUAGAAUGUCAAACGAUCGUUCUCCGAGCGAAUUCGUUUGUGUUCAAGCAUUGCAAAGUCAGAUUCAAUGAAAAUGUGAAUUAAUUGGCCGGUAUUUAAUUUUGAAUAGAGACAUGUAUGGACGAACCAAUGAUGCAAAAUUACUUCUUUGGUCAUAUGGAAAGUCCCCACAAAGUUUGAGAUUUGAGUUAAAUUAAAAGUACUAAACUAAAUUGAUGGCCAAAACUGUGGCGAAUUACUUUUUUUUAAUUAUUCCACCUUCCAGCAUCACGCCCAAGCGAACUGAUUUGUAAAUAGCACACAAAAAACUAAAAUAAUGAGGUCGCAACUAAAUUGAAACUCGCAGGAGCAAAACUGUAAACCGUACCCAAUCCAAUCAGCAUCCCAAACCAGCAACUCUGUUUCUUUAGUCAGCCUUCGAUUGGCCCUUCCUCACAGAUUGUAAACCAAUCCAGUCGUCGUUAUAUUUCUAAGAUUGUGCAAACAAACAAAAAACAACAGAAACAUUAAUCAGCGCCACGCAAUAUUUGUAUAUUUGUUGGUUACUAUAUUAUAUAUGGUAUAAAUAUAUAUUUAAUUUAACAGAUAAAAAAACACAAACAUAACAAACGACAUUGUUAUUUAUAGAAGAAAAAAUACACAUACACAGGCAUAACUAUCGCAACAACAAAAAACAAUUAAACAAAACAAUUUAAACUUAUUUCUUGCGAAAACAAAAUUCCGACAAAACUUCUCCAAAAUUCAAAUUGACAUGAUUUUUAUUGGUUUUCCACUCUAAAACUUUGAGAGAAAGAGAACAAAAAGCAAGCAAGAUACCAAUCGUUGUGUGUGUAUGUACCUUAAAUAAGUGCGUGUGCGUGAUGUGUAUGUGUACCACCAGCAACAGCAACAAAACAUUUAAAAACAAGUCAUAUUAACCAGGAUACCCGGAGCGCAAACCCCAGUAACCGCGCAGUCACAGAAUGGCCAAGUAUUUACAGGACGCAUCCGUCGCGUGUGGAGACUCGAAUGAGCGAGAUUUUUUAGUUUGUUUAAAUUUAAAAUUUGAUUUCGUCACUGUUGAGAAAAGAUAUUUGCUGUCGCUCCGAGAAAAUUAAAGGCAAAAACAAACGCCGCGCAAACACUGAAAUUAUGGAAAUUGUACAUUUUUAACUCCCCCUUUCGUGGAUUUAUAUAAAUACUUGAGUUUUUGUCAGGAAUUCGUUUAGGCAUUUAGGCGAGUAAUUCUUCGUUGUGAAGAUCAAAACGUGCAGAGCUAAUAAAAUUCAGAAAAUAAUCACCUUAAA